UCUCACGUACACCGCGCCGCUCCUCUGUAGUCGCCGGCGGAGCGCCACAGCGGACCUGGGCCGCUGGUCCCUCCCUCCUCCCGUCUCUCGGUGUCCUCGGCUGGCCAGAGCGAUGCGGCUGGGCCUGGGGCCCGCGGCACUGGGGUUGCUACUGCUGUGCGCCGCGGCGGCGGGCGCCGGCAAGGCCGAGGAGCUCCACUACCCGCAGGGCGAGCACCGCAGCGACUACGACCGCGAGACGCUGCUGGGCGUCCAGGAAGAAGUCGAUGAAUAUGUUAAACUCGGCCACGAAGAACAGCAAAAAAGACUGCGGUCCAUCAUAAAGAAAAUUGACUUGGACUCAGAUGGCUUUCUCACUGAAAGUGAACUCAGUUCCUGGAUUCAGAUGUCUUUCAAGCAUUAUGCUAUGCAAGAAGCAAAACAACAGUUUGUUGAAUAUGAUAAGAACAAUGAUGGUAGUGUGACAUGGGACGAAUACAACAUUCAGAUGUAUGAUCGUGUGAUUGACUUUGAUGAGAACACUGCUCUGGAUGAUGCAGAAGAGGAGUCAUUUAGGCAGCUUCAUUUAAAGGACAAGAAGCGAUUUGAAAAAGCUAACCAAGAUUCGGAUCCUGCUUUAAGUCUUGAAGAAUUUAUUGCUUUUGAACAUCCUGAAGAAGUUCAUUAUAUGACGGAAUUUGUCAUUCAAGAGGCUUUAGAAGAACAUGACAAAAAUGGUGAUGGAUUUGUUAGUUUGGAAGAAUUUCUUGGUGAUUACAGACGGGAUCCAACUGCAAGUGAAGAUCCAGAAUGGAUACUUGUUGAGAAAGACAGAUUCGUGAAUGAUUAUGACAAAGAUAAUGAUGGCAGGCUUGAUCCCCAAGAGCUGUUAUCUUGGGUAGUACCGAAUAAUCAGGGCAUUGCACAAGAGGAGGCUCUUCAUCUAAUUGAUGAAAUGGAUUUGGAUGGUGACAAAAAGCUCUCUGAAGAAGAAAUUCUAGAAAACCAGGACUUGUUUCUUACCAGUGAAGCCACAGAUUAUGGCAGACAGCUCCAUGAUGACUAUUUCUAUCAUGAUGAGCUUUAAUUCCUGAGUGUCUGAGGGGAGUACUGGAUCCUUUUUAUAAUUUGUUACCAGCUUUACUUUUGUGAUAAAAUAUUGAUGUUGUAUUUUACACUCUUAAGUCUUACCACAGUCAGAAUUAUCAUAAUGUAGAAUAUAAUUUUGACCUUUUAGAAGAAAAACAACAAAAACCUGAUAUUUAUUUCAAAACGUAUUGAAGAAAUAAAACAUGAAUAUUGUGCCAUAUGACAGCAGAAUCUUUCCUGAGUACUCCAUCUGUUUAGUACUGUAUCGUGGAAUAUUUGAGUUCUAAUUCCAUACUUGAAAAAAAUGGAGAAUUUUAGAGAUGCCUGAACAAUAUUAUUUAAGUACUAUGUGACUAAGCUAUCAAUUUUUGGUUUUGUUCUAAGUAGAUUUAAUUUGGGAACUGACAGAAAGGACAGUGUUUCUAGGUUUAGCAUUUUGUUUUAAAACCUUUAAAG